AUGUGGCCCACGAAACGUGUGGAGCGCACAGAGACGGGUUCAAAGUAUCAGAUCAUGGAGACGACCAAGACCAAGUGGCGACGCGAACGGGUUGAGCUUUAUGAGAGGCUAGAGUGCAGCGCCGAGUAUGGUUUGGACCGUGAAGCAGUCCUUGCAACCAGAGAGCUUUUCGACUUCGAUGCAUCAGGUCGAGCUAUUCCGAAAAAGUUUACAUUCCAGAACGAGGACGACGCCGUCAGAGUCGUGUGUGCUGAGAUCCCGCAGCUCACCGCGCAGCAAUGGGGGAACAUCACGCAGGACGUGUUGAAUGCUCUGCACGGCACGGCAACAGAAAAUGGCGACGUGGUGGAGACGGAGUUGAAGGACGUGUACGUGAGCGACCUGGACAUAAUGCACGUAACGCUGUUCUACACGUCGCAUCCGGACGAUUUGGCCCCAAGAAGAGCAGACGAACACAAGUCCGAACGCCUUUCACGCGAGAUCUCGUUGCUGCAUCAGUUGUCGUCGCAGUUCAAGCCGAUAUGGCUGGCCCCGGUGAAGGUGGUGCUAGCUUCGUCCGGGGCAAUUCUGGUGCUGUUUCAGUGCGUGCAAGGCGAUAAGGACCACAAGGUGAGGAACGCUGCAAGCAACGCAGAAUUCGGCGUGGACUUGCUGCGCCAAGCAGCACAGAAGACGUUUCCGUUCGUGUCCAAGAAGAGCCCAAAGUUGAUCAUCCACUCGACACUAGCACGCUUGAUAUCGCCCGAUGCCUUCGAUGAGGCUGCGCUGACACGAGUCCGUGAAGCGUGUCAACGGAUUUCGCAGCAACUGGUCAAUACUGCCAUUCCUUUCGUCGUGAACAAGCUCUGGUAUGUGGACGAAUCGCACUUCAUCCGUCCUACAGGACAUACAACCACCGUCCCACUGGGUUGUUAG